AUGCCCUGCCGGGACGUGGUGGCCUGGACGACGAUGCUCGUGGCUACGAUCCAAGCCGGGCUCGUCAGCCACGCAUCCCAGAUCUUCCACAAGCUGCCCCAGUUCGAUGUGAUCUCUUCCACCGCCAUGCUCCAAUCACUCGCCAAGGACCCGUCGAUGCAGCACCACGCCAAGGAGCUCUUCGAUUCCAUGCCUGAGCGCAACGCGUUCUCCUGGAACGCGAUGCUCCAAGCCUGUGUUCUUCAUGGAGGCAGCGAUCAAGCGAGGGAUUUCUUCCACCAGAUGUCGCAGAGGGACGCAGUGUCGUGGAAUCUGCUCGUCGCGGCCUCAGCCCAGGCAGGGAUGAGCGAUGAGAUGACCACGAUCUUUGAGAGAAUGCCACAGCAUGAUAUUUCGACCUGGAACCAGCUGCUUGGAUGCUUCUCUGAUCUUGGAGAGCUGGAGCAAGCCGAGACGAUCUUUUUCACCCGAGCUCCCCAGCGCAAUGCGCUCUCCUGGAUCUCGAUGAUCCACGCCUACAACCGCAAGAAUCUCCCGGACAGAGCGAACUCCACCUUCCAUCGCAUGCCGGCAUGGAACGAUUUCGCCUGGGUCGCGAUCAUCCAAGCCAACGCCGCCAACGGCGAUCUCCCCCAAGCGCAGACCCUGUUCCACACCAUGCCGGCCAAGAAUCUCUUCGCCUGGAGCACCAUGGUCCAGGCAGCGGCAUCCUCCUCCUCGGAUCACUCCCAGCGCCUCGCCCGGCGAUAUUUCGAUCGAAUGCCGCAGCGGGACGUCGUGUCAUGGGUCGCCAUGGCCGCAUCGAGCGCGCGGCUUGGAAACCUGGAAUCCGCGCUCGAAAUCGUCGAGCAAAUACCCGACAAGAACAUCAUCUCCUGGACCGCGAUCAUCCAGGCGCUCAUCCGGAGCGGCUACCAUGCCCAGGCGCUCGAUCUCUUCCUCGCGAUGCAGCAACUAGGGAUCCAUCCCAACGAGGUAACCUUCCUCGCGGUUCUUACUGGCUGUAGCCACGCCGGGCUAGUGGAUCGAGCCCGCGACCUCGUGCUCUCGAUGGGCCAGUCGUACGGGAUGUGGCCGUCCAUGGACCUCUACCUGUGCAUGGUGGACGUACUGGCACGGGCAGAGCGGCUGGAGCUGGCCGAGGAGCUCAUCCGUACAAUGCCGUACUUCCCCGAUGACGUGGCAUGGACGUCGCUACUGUCCGCCUGUAACUCCAAUGGCGACCGGGCAGGCGGUGCCCGAGCUGCCCGAGAGAUCAUACGGAUGGUCGCGGGCGAUGGCACGCCGUACGUCCUUCUCUCCAACACGCAUGCUCAAAGCGAUGGCAAUGGAGCUUUAGAUUUUCCGUCCUUCGAUUUGUGA